CUCUCUGGUUGUUUUCUGUUCCCUGUUGCCAGUCAUCAGAGAACGAAUUUACCAACAGCCAUCAACCGAGCACAUCCAAGCUGGAUGCAGGCCAAGAACAAGCACUGUUGUUGAAAUCUGGGCAGCGAGGUGGAAGGGUGACCGGUGCACCAGUCGGAUGAAAACAUGCGGGGACUCUUGAGCAGCAGCUGGAGGAAGUUUGGACAUGCUGGCCGGGGGACGUACGAGUGGUUAACUAGCGAACCAAGCCUACCUCUUCCAGAAACUCAGCUGCAGGGCACCCGGAAGAUAAGUUCCACCAGGGAAGACUUGGAGCCCUUCCUGUGCAUCCUUCUUCCAGCCACCAUCCUGCUCUUCCUGGCCUUUCUGCUGCUUUUCCUGUACCGCCGCUGCCAGGCUCCUCGGCCCCAGGGGCAGGUGUCAGGCAUCGACCUCCCAGAGCAGCCACCUGCCAGGGAGGGGACCGACUUCCUGCCAGGUUUACCCUGGAGCAGCGAGCAGGACUUCCCCUACUCCCCUCUGCCCCGGGGGGCAGCCCUCCUCCCUGCGUGUUCACCGCCUUCCUACGAAGAGGCCACCAGGGACACCUCUGGGGAGGAGGUCCCGGAUGCCGGCCCUCAGCGUGAAGAGGGCUCACCUGGCCUGCAUGAGCAAAUGUAA